UUAGCUACCGAGGAGGAGCAGCGUGUCCAGCAGCAGCCGAUCCCACCUCUCUCUUCACACAGCACCUGGCGGGGAGUCAGCCAUCAGAAGCGAAGGAACGAAUGGGCAGAGCAGAACUUCUAGGAGGGAACAUGAGUACCCAGGAUCCCUCAGAGCUGUGGAGCAGAGCAGAUGGAGGCACAGACCUGCUCCAGGAUUUGGGAGCCAAAGACUCUGUCAAACACUUUCACGUUGAAUAUACUGGAUACUCGUUUAAAUUCGGCUUUAAUGAGUAUUCAUCUCUAAAGGAUUUUGUCAAGCAUUUUGCAAAUCAGCCUUUGAUUGGAAGCGAGACAGGGACUCUGAUGGUUUUGAAGCAUCCCUAUCCGAGGGAAGUGGAAGAACCUUGCAUUUACGAAUCAGUCCGGGUUCACACAGCGAUGCAGACAGGAAGGACAGAGAACGACCUCGUGCCCACUGCGCCUUCUCUGGGCACCAAAGAAGGCUAUCUCACCAAGCAGGGAGGCCUGGUGAAGACCUGGAAAACAAGAUGGUUCACUUUGCAAAGGAACGAACUGAAAUAUUUCAAAGACCAGAUGUCACCAGAACCAAUUCGGAUCCUAGACCUAACAGAGUGCUCAGCUGUUCAAUUUGAUUACUCACAGGAACGAGUAAACUGUUUCUGCCUAGUGUUUCCAUUCAGGACAUUUUAUCUCUGUGCAAAGACGGGAGUUGAAGCCGAUGAAUGGAUCAAAAUACUGAGAUGGAAGUUGUCAAAAAUAAGAAAACAGCUGGAUCAAGGAGAAGAUACCGUCCGGUCUCGGUCAUUUAUCUUCAAAUAGACUUUCGUGCUCAGGGGCACGGUUGACUGUUCCAGGUGUCUGAUCUGUGGCAGACUUCAGAGGAAAGCUCAUUGAAGUAUUUCCUCUAAAAACAAAUCAAAAGUAGAUCGUGGUUGGGAGCUGUAUGCUGUUUGCUGAUCCAUGGAAAACAGCUGGCAGGACCUGGCCAUCUGCUCGAGAACAGAAGCAGCAUCCUGCUGAUGGCGACUGCCUAGCUUCCAGGUGGAGCCACUCUCAGACACAGCGCCAGACAAGAGGUCGCUGGCUGUCCCAGUGGCUCAGGCUCAUUGACUUUAGUUUCCUGGAGUCCAGCCCCAAGUCAUGGUCAGCACAACUAAACUUCAGGACUUGCUACAAGCACAAGGAAACAGCAGUGCAUCAGGGAGCUCCGGCUGGGCUUUAGGAAGCAGAUUAAGAUAAUAAACACCAAGGACAUUCAAAGGAUGGGUUGCUUUUGUUUUGUUUAUAAAUGAGAACCUCAAAUAGGGCUGAAGAGGUGGCUCAGCCAUUAAAAGUGCAUCUGCUCUCACAGAGAACCUGGAUUCAGUUUCCAGGACCCAGAUCGUGGGACUCAUUAAUGCCUGCCUAUAACUCCAGGUGCGCACAUACACACACACACCUACCUUUUAAAAGGCUUGGUAAGUCAUCUUAGCAUUUUCCAUGUCAAGCUUGACAGCCUGAGUAUGGUUCCCAUAACUCACACAAAGGUAGAAGGAGAGAAGCAACUCCACAAAGUUGUUCUCUGACACGUAUGUCCCAGCACGUAUGGUCCCACAUCACAUACACACAAAUAAUAAUACAAAUCCAGUGGAUCCUUCACGUCUAAUGAUAAACUGAGAACUAAUGCCUUGUGGGUGACUAGGUAGGGAAAAGUAUAUGAUGUGUGAUAAAGGGUAGGAAUAUCUUAAAUAGUAAGAAAAUGUACAUUGAGAAGGGCGGUAGUGAAUGACUUUUAGUUUAAUGCUUAUCAUUACAAAUAUACUUAUAAGCACUAAUUAAAACUCUUUAACUGUCAUUUCUUCAAAUUCAUUUGGACUUCUCCACAAAGGAUGUUCUCUGGCUCUUUUCCAAGGAUCAGCCGUAUGAGACUGGCCCUAUGAGGUACCCAAACAUCAUUAAAGGGCAACUUCUGUUUCCAAGGAAGGGAGUAGAUCAAAUCUUCGUGAAAUCCAUGAUACACAGCUGUUGCAAACCAGAAGACCAGGACUGAGGUGCAAUGACAUACUGGGGUUCAGAGGUCAUGAACAGACUUUUAACUUCCAAUCAUUAUUGAUCUAGCUUUUUUAGAGAAGGGACACCAAUGAGUGCCGAGCCAGCAAGUGGUGCAGAGCUGAAGGAACUCUGUUUUUGCAGGAAAAAGGGGCAAUGGUUUUCACUUUUGUCAGUGUGACCAAGAUGCUUGAGCCAACAGUGUACAGAACGAUUCACUUUACUCUGUGGUUCUAAGACAUUUCUGCCCAUCGCGCUGGAUAGGGUGUGGUACAGCUGCUCACAUCAGAGCCUCAGAAAGGAAAGCAGAGCAAGGCAGUGACAGGAAAGGGAGAGGACAAGACAGAGUCCCCAGGAAUAUAUCUUACGUGGCAUGUUUCCACAUUCUGCCACCUCCCAAGAGUCUGCUCAGAUUCUGAUCCAGGAAUGGAUUAACCCAUCCAUUAUGUCAGCUCGAGCAUCUCUGCAUCUCUGGAUCUCUGAACCGCCUUCAGGGACACACGUGGAGGGUACUUUACUCCUCUUGGUAUUUCUCAAGAUGGUGUCAAAAUUAAUUCAUAGAACCUUGGUUUAAUAUCUUUCCCUGUUGUUUAAACACCUAAGACUCAGAAAUUAAACUUUUAUUUGCUUCAGAGUUUUGGGAGCUAAGGUGUGGGUCCGUGGUAAAACAUCUGGCCUGGGGGCUAAGGGGAUUUACUUGUUCUGUUUGUAUUUUAUGGAAUAAAGCAACGUCAUGAUAAAAUGAAUUGUGUUAAGUUUGCAAAAUAAGGAGUAAUGCGUGGCUCCUCCUAAAACGUAUGGCUUUUAUGUUCUUAGAAACAAUAAUCUUUCUCUCCCACUAAACAGUCUCCUACCUUCUGCAAAAGGAGUUUAUCUGUAUCCUUUGGUUCUGUUCAUUAAAUGAAAAGUGCAUGUUUUUGUGGUACAUGUCCAACUUUUAUAACAUUUUUAUUGCUUUUGAAGUAGAAUAAAGUUAAGAAGACUGGCUGGUUACUAGAGAUUGAUAUAUUAGUGAUUUACUCAAAACCUUGCUUGUACUGCUAGGCUUGA